CGCGCACGCACACACACACACACCCGCCCCCCGGGACCGGGACAGCCGCGUGGGGACACCGUCCUGUGCGCCACGGCCGGGGGUGGGUACAGCCCUGCGGGGCCCGGGGACGCCCCUGUGCCCUGAGUGUCCCUGAACACGGCCGCCGUGUGCCACGAGCGUCCCCGCGCGGCGCCCUCGCGUGGCUCCUGUCCCCGUGCCACAGUGUCCCCGGCCCUGCCCCGUCCUUGGGGUGCCCGUGGGCACGGCACGGCACGGCCCUGCGUGGGCACAGCCUGCACCCUUCGGCUGCCGUGUGUGGCCCCAGACCGUGCCCUCCUGCGUCUGCCAUCCCCACGCGUGAGUGUCCCCAGGCGGUGCCCUGCUGUGCCACCGCUGUUCCCUGGGGCUGUGUCCCGCCAGGUCCUGCCUGAUGCUGCGAGUUUCCUCCCGGCAGUGCCCUCCUCCUGCCAUUUAAUGGCCGGUGCUUUGCCCUUCCCCGGCGGUGCCUGCCCUGCGCAGCCCACGGCCGUCAUCGUGACCUUGCCUCCCCCCACCCUGUCCGUGUCUGUUUGUCUUUCCAGGCCAGCUCAUUGCCGCCCGUCACCGGGUGUUGACUCUGUGCAUUCCUCCCUGGCCGGGCCUGCCACCACCAGUCAUUAACCAGGGCUGGCGCGCUGCCGUCCCCGCUUCGGGGCUACCGUGCUGGGCUCCGGCCGCUGAUAACUUUGGAGACUUCAUGUGAGGAGGUGGGAGAGGUGACCCUGGGUGACUGGCACCGCUUGGGGACGGGGGUGUGGAUUAACGCCAGCCCCGGCUUGGGCUGGGGAUAAAAGCAUUGAGGUCUGCCCAGGUCUCAGCCCAUCUUGGCUCUCCCGAAGCAGCUCCGGGACCCAUCCUGCGUCUGCCGGCACCAUGGCGUCGGGGUGGUCUUGUUGGGUCCUCCUGCUGCUCCUGCCCACCCUAGCCUGCACCAGGGGGCCUGGCCCUGUCCUCGUCAACCGCCCCUUCGUCACCAUCUGGAACAUCCCCACCGAGCGCUGUGCCAAGAAGUACAAUGUCAACCUCAACCUGGAGGUCUUUGACGUGUUGGCCAACGAUCAGCAGUCCUUCAUCGGGCAGGACAUCACCCUCUUCUACAGUGAGAACCUGGGGCUCUUCCCCUACUACACAUCCACAGGGGUGCCAGUGAACGGGGGGCUCCCCCAAAAUGCCAGCCUGAAGGCCCACCUCCACGAGGCCACUCAGGACAUCAAGGUCACCCUGCCCAGCCCUGCCUAUGGCGGGCUGGCUGUCAUCGACUGGGAGAAGUGGCGUCCACUGUGGAUCCGCAACUGGGCCUCCAUGGACAUCUACCGGCAGAAGUCAGAGGAGCUGGUGCAGCAGCAGCACCCGCAGUGGCCCCCCAAGCUGGUGGAGGAGACGGCCAAGAAGGAGUUUGAGCGGAGUGCCCACGCCUUCAUGGGGCAGACCCUGCAGCUGGGCGAGACCCUCCGUCCCGACGGCUACUGGGGUUUCUACGGCUUCCCCAACUGCUACAACAACAACUUCAACAGCGUGCCCUACACCGGGAUGUGCCCGGCGGUGGAGCAGCAGAGGAACAAGGAGCUGCGGUGGCUCUGGGAGAGCAGCCAGGCGCUCUACCCCAGCAUCUACCUACCCACCUGCCUCAACGGCACCAACAAGGUGCUUGCCUACGUCCGGCACCGCGUUGCCGAGGCCUUUGCCAUCCAGCAUAACAUCAACAGCAGUGGCAUCCCUGUCCUGCCCUACUCCCAGAUUGCCUUCGACCGCACCGUUGACUUCCUCUCCCAGGAGGACCUGAUGAACACCAUCGGGGAGAGCGCAGCUCAGGGCGCUGCCGGCAUCGUCCUCUGGGGCAGCCUCAACUACAGCACCUCCAAGGAGAUGUGCUUGAAGUUGAAGGACUACGUGGAGGGGCCUCUGGGUCACUACAUCGUCAACGUGACGGCCAGUGCCGAUCUGUGCAGCCAGAGCCUGUGCUCCAGCCAGGGCCGCUGCGUGCGCCGGGAGAACAAGCACAGCUUCCUCCACCUCGACCCCUUCCGCUUUGCCAUUGACCUGCAAGCUGGCAAGCCCUGGCUGGUGGCCCAGAGCCUGGAGUCUGGUGACGAUGUUGUCCGUCUGGCUGAGGAGUUCAGCUGCCAGUGCUAUGACAAGUGGCAGGGACCCCGCUGUGACACCCAGAGCUUCGCCGGGUGAGCUCCCCCACCGUGCCGGGGACAUCGAGGCAGCCAGGGUGACACCACCCAUGCCUUGGGGUUGGGAACCCAACUGCGGGGCUGCUAAUAAAAC